UUUUGUGAUUUUUUCGCCAGUUUAAUAUCGAAGUGGUACGGAACCACUUGUUCUGGCUUUUUAAAUACAUUCAGUGAUACAUUAAUUCAAGUAUUGCGGAUAAAACAAAAUGACGUGGUCUCCUGCAAAUGCGACAGGACAGUGUUUUCAAAAUUUAUUUGUGAAUUCUUGCCAACCAUCAUUUUUGACUCUCUUAACUUUUUUAACUCAAAAGUUUAAUGCUUCGAAUGACGAUGCAUUUAGACAACGUGAUACCAAUAUAUUUUCAGAAGAAUACGAUUUUAUUAUUGUUGGUGCAGGAAGUGCUGGGUGUGUUUUAGCUAACCGUUUGAGUGAAAUAAAAGAAUGGAAGAUCCUUUUAUUAGAAGCAGGAGAUGAACAACCAAUUAUUUCAGAAGCUCCUGGCUACAUUGGGCUAUUAGCGAGUAGUAGCAUGGAUUAUGAUUACAAAUUACAGCUUAAUUCGAAAACAGAGUGCAGAAACAGACCUUUGUCUUGUACCGAACCUCGUGGAAAAACAAUGGGUGGUACUAGUUCUAUCAACGGUAUGGCAUAUACUCGGGGAAAUAAACGUGAUUUCGAUACCUGGGCUAGCUUAGGCAAUCAUAAUUGGAGUUGGAAUGAUGUUUUGCCCUAUUAUAAGAAAUCACAAAAUUUGAGACACGAUGUCCCAUUUAUUAAUAAAACAGAUCAUGGGUAUAAUGGUUAUUUGAGUGUUGAACUUCACGAACCUGACGACAAUAUAGAUGUUGUCAUGAAUGCAUGGAAAAAGUUAGGUCUGUCAGAAGUUGAUUAUAAUUCGGGCGAUCAGCUUGGAACGUCAAAGUAUCAGUAUACUAUUAAGAAUGGGGUUCGGCAAAGCACUAACGCGGCCUUCCUAAGGCCCAUUAGAGCCAAAAGACCUAAUCUUACAGUACGACCGAAUUCUCAAGUUUUAAGAGUUCGCAUCAGUCCUCUAAGUAAAGAAACUUAUGGAGUAGAUUACGUAGAAGGUGGUAAGAGAAAGUUGGCAUUUGCAAAAAAAGAAGUAAUUCUGUCUGCUGGAGCUUUUGAGUCUCCAAAGCUAUUAAUGUUAUCUGGAGUGGGUCCUGCUAGUGAAGUUAAAAAAACUUCCAUGAUACAUAUACAAGAUCUACCUGUCGGAAAAAACUUUCAGGAACAUUUAUCAGUCAGUUACAUGACCUUAAAGUAUGAUGAUCCUUCAGUUUCUUUUGAGCGUCUUCAGGAUAAAAAAGACGAUGCUUUAAAGUGGCAAAAAGGUGAACCAAGUUCGUUAAGAUCUGCGUGCUUAUGGGGUACGGUGCAGUUUGUUCAAACUCGGAACGAAACGUUGCCAGGAACCCCAGAUUUACAGUUUAUUUAUUUGAACAGAGUAGAUGACUCGGAAUAUACUAAUCAAAGUACCAUGUAUGGCGGAUUCUCUUAUUACAACAGGAUCGCAGUUUACCCGAUGAUAGUAGCACCUAAAAGCAGAGGUUGGAUUGAAUUAAACUCAACAGAUCCCAUAUAUGGUAAGCCAUUACUUUAUCCUAACUUUAUGUCACAUCCGGAUGACGUAAAAACUUUGAAGGAGGGUGUUCAGCUCUCCAGAAAAUUAAAUGAAACACUAAGUCUCAUGGGAAGCCGUCUUAAAACUAUGAAAACACCUGCACCUAAAUGUGAAAAGUUUUUGAAUGACGAAGAUAAGUAUGAUGAGUGCAUUGUUAGAAAUUAUUUUGCACCAGUAUAUCAUCCUGGUGGUACGUGUAAAAUGGGUCCAAGUACUGAUCCAGAAGCAGUUGUAGACCCCAGAUUGAGAGUACAUGGCAUUAAAAGAUUAAGAGUCAUCGAUGCUUCCAUUAUGCCAAUUUUGACCACUGGAAAUACUAAUGCACCCACCAUUAUGAUUGCAGAAAAAGGUAGUGAUAUGAUUAAAGAAGACUGGGCGUAA